AUGUCUGACAUCGACAAGUCGUUUGUCUUUCUCCAGGACAACAUCCCACAAUGGCUGCACCAAAUCACGACCGCCGAUGACAGGGUCACGGCAAUGCAACACGAAAUCACAAAAGUAUCCAUAUCACAGUCGCCGUUCGCAAAGCACAAAUCAGAUUCGACCGCUUCCAUACGCCCAGGCAAACUAGACGCCAUUGCAGAAGACGCCGCGCCCGCCGACCCUAUUGUGAGCCGGAAACGCAAGUCUCUCUCAGUUACCUCGGACCAGGAACCCGACUCCGCACGACAUCGCUCUCGGGUCAUGGUUGUUACGAGCUAUGAUGGGGACAUGCAAAGGUCUUUUGAAUUACUGGUUCGCGCUUUCGGAACAGGGCGCAACCUGCUACGAAAGGCCAAGAUGGAAGCCAGGAUGAAUGACAUGGCCACCAUGGCAUCCUCUAGCGAGGAGGAGGAUGAUGAUGACGAUGAUGACGAAGAUGAAAUCAGUCCAGCCAAAGUAAACUACAAAGCACGCAUGUCGGCACUGCGAGCACGAUCGGCAGCAAGACGAAGUGGCCGGUUAGGUGUCAGUAGCGGUGUAGAGACACCAGCAGAAUUAUUCGACUCCACAGAUAAGAUACUCGAACAAGCACAAGAAUUAUGCGAAAAGGCAGCGCAUCUCACCCUGCGCGACGGCGACUGCAGAAAAGAACUAGCGACAAUACGGAAAAGCUUUGAGACCCUUUUAGAGACUGCCAAGACCGAAGUCGACAAAUGCAACGCGCGCAAGUCGCAAGACCCACCAGAGUUGCAAGCACAUGAAACCUCGGAUACCUCCAUGUCGUCGCUCGAGCCCGAGCCCGUCUAUCGGAAAGACGUACACUCGCUGCCCGUAGCCCACGAACAUUCCAAGUCCGCCGCCGGCUCAAGAGAUGCCGUCGUCGCGAAACCAUUAAACUCCCUCAACAUCGAGGUUGAUGAAAAUGAUGAUUCAGAUGAGGAGUUCGUUUUACCUCCCAUCCGACUCACAUCCCGCUUUAACCGAUGA